AGGUAUUGGAUUAGAAGCGUUUAUAAUAUAAUGCAACAACAUUAGUGAGUAUUUGGAAGAAAUAGAGCAGAACCUGGAACAUGAUGCAUGGCGAACAAGCAUUUAGUAGGAAAUAUAUAUUUCAAAGGAAAUUGCAUCCUCCUCGAUUUGAUUUAUGAAACGGACAUUUAUUUAAUCGCCAUUCAUUUUCUGCCGGUUGAAUUCACUCAACUCUUGACUUUUUCUUAUCCUGGCUUUGAUUAACAAAAGCCUCCCUGUCAUAUAGAGCCUACUGGUGGAAAGCUGUGCUGUGGUGUCCUAUUCGUUGUGAGCGACAUGGACAACAGACUGGGUCAGGGUGAUGAAGAGGAGGGAGAUGUGGGGACGCUGUGGCACUCUUUGGACUGGCUUACGUCCUGUGUGAUGGUGGUUGGAGGGGCUCUGCCCUACGCCUCACAGUAUCAGCAGAUCCUUCGGAGCAAGAACACAGACGGCUUCUCUACACGCGUCUGCCUGGUUCUGCUGGUCGCUAACAUCCUCCGCAUCCUCUUCUGGUUUGGGAAGCAGUUUGAGGUGACUCUGCUCCUGCAGAGUGUGGUGAUGAUUCUCACCAUGCUGGUGAUGCUCAACCUCUGCUGCUCUGUACAGAACACCAACCGUAUCAGCACCAAACAGCACCACAUCACAGAUCUGGAACCCCGGUUCUUUUGGAGCUGGGAUGGCUUUGAGGACUACCUCAUCUUCCUGUUGGCCUUCACGCUGCCCUGUGCCUUCACCACCCUUCUCCUCCUGGACUCCUCUCUGUUUGUUGAGUCCCUGGGCUUCCUGGCCGUGCUGACGGAGGCCAUGCUGGGGCUACCACAGCUGCUCCAGAACCAACGCAACCACUCCACCACCGGCAUGAGUGUGAACAUGGUCCUACUGUGGAUGGCCGGGGACAGCUUCAAGACGGCCUACUUUGCCCUGAAGGAGAGCCCGCUCCAGUUCCUGUUGUGUGGGUUGACUCAGGUACUGGUGGAUCUGGCUAUCCUCUAUCAAGUGUGUCUCUACAGCCAAGACCCCUGGGACAAGCUGGCUUAGCUAUCUCUAACCCUAGCUAACUCUAACCCUAGCUAUCUCUAACCCUAGCUAACUCUAACCCUAGCUAACUCUAACCCUAGCUAUCUCUAACCCUAGCUAUCUCUAACCCUAGCUAACUCUAACCCUAGCUAACUCUAACCCUAGCUAUCUCUAACCCUAGCUAACUCUAACCCUAGCUAACUCUAACCCUAGCUAACUCUAACCCUAGCUAACUCUAACCCUAGCUAACUCUAACCCUAGCUAACUCUAACCCUAGCUAUCUCUAACCCUAGCUAUCUCUAACCCUAGCUAACUCUAACCCUAGCUAACUCUAACCUAAGCUAUCACUAGCUAACUCUAACCCUAGCUAACUCUAACCUAAGCUAUCACUAGCUAACUCUAACCCUAGCUAACUCUAACCUAAGCUAUCACUAGCUAACUCUAACCCUAGCUAACUCUAACCUAAGCUAUCACUAGCUAACUCUAACCCUAGCUAACUCUAACCCUAGCUAUCACUAGCUAACUCUAACCCUAGCUAACUCUAACCUAAGCUAUCACUAGCUAACUCUAACCCUAGCUAACUCUAACCUAAGCUAUCACUAGCUAACUCUAACCCUAGCUAACUCUAACCCUAGCUAACUCUAACCUAAGCUAUCACUAGCUAACUCUAACCCUAGCUAACUCUAACCUAAGCUAUCACUAGCUAACUCUAACCCUAGCUAACUCUAACCUAAGCUAUCACUAGCUAACUCUAACCCUAGCUAACUCUAACCUAAGCUAUCACUAGCUAACUCUAACUCUAACCUAAGCUAUCACUAGCUAACUCUAACCCUAGCUAACUCUAACCCUAGCUAUCACGAGUGUUGGAUCCUGUAUUUUACAUUAUAGCCAUUACCAUAUAUAUGAUUGAAUAUUAUCUGCUGUUGGCUUGUGUGGAUGUAUGUAUGUGUUAUGCAACAUAGCUGACUUGAAACAUUGUUAAAAGUAUCAGGGCCAUGGGACUUUCUCAUGAUGGAAAAAUACAGAGAAGCAUGAAGACAGGAACUGUUCAAUGAGUUGGGAGGGGGCACAUUCAGAGCGGGGUGUUGCGAGAACAAGCGGCCUUUUGUUAGAUAACAGGAGCCAGGUGCGAGAUAACGGUAUGAGAACCUGGAUGUUCUUCACAAGCAAGUUACAUCUAUCAACAGAAGCGCCAAGAGGCGGGGACCCGUCUGAGCGCCUGCAAUAGGCCGAGCAAGUUUAAACCACGCCCAGCCUCUACUGUGAUAGACAGUUCCAACCCGUCUGUUGGCCUAUCACAGUAUAAAGAAUACUGUUUUACAUACGUCUUGUCAGUUCUCUGUUCUGCCCUGCGUGGUAUUACAGUGAGCCCGUAUAUACGAAUGUUGCAUUUGCCAUUUAUUACUUAGCUAAUAAAAAAUGCAUACUAUAAAAUCGGUGACUCAUUGUUAUAUUUAUCCUGAUACCAGAUUUGAAUUUACGCAAC